AUGCUAACAAUCAUCGUCUGGCUUCUGCUACCGGCUCUCGGCGUCGGCGACGAGCUCAUUUCGACCAGAUGCCAGGCGCAAUGCCUUCAUUUGAUGGACGAGCGGUUACACGUGAGUUUUUGUACUGUUUUUUGGGGCAGAGCGGCGCCUGACAGUCUCAAAAUCCGGCUUCGGCUUGCUGUGACUGAGAAUUCGGUGACUUUUCAUAGAAUCAUAGAUUCUUCCCUCCUCCACAAUCACCAAUCACUUUAGUACAGUAUCAGGCUUGUAAAUCUUGUCCCCCCUCCCCCCUUUUCGCGUUAUCUCAAUUCUUGAUCUCUACCGGAAUUCGCCCUUGAUUGACAUGUUUGUACACUACCAACCCGGGAGUCCAGGGGGGACCAUGUCACCUGGAAGAAGCAUGUAUACAGUAACCCGAUAGUUGCACUUGAAAAAAAAAACAAACGCGGCUCUUUGUCGUCGUCGGCAUGCACACGCAAAAAGCGAGACACAAUAGCAAUAGGUGAUGGAUAGAUAAUACAAGUGGUCAUCGAGCCGAACCGGGGGGGGACCAGUGGUGCACUUUUGCAGUUACGCAACUUUAGUACAUGACAUUAACCUCAACUGUGAGAGCGGCGCGCUUUUGAUGUGCUAUUGUGUCUGCAAAACAUUAUAAAAGCGUCUAGAGUUGCGUAACUUUUGUAUCAAAAGCGACCAUCUUUGAGUGAGAGUAUGUUGGUACUUGAUUAUUAUCACAACACAUUACAACUCAGAGUUGAGCGGAAGAACACAACGGAAGAAUUUUUUUAUCUUUUUUAGAAAAUUUUUUCAUGAAAUGUGAUCAACUGACGAAAUGUAGAGCAAAUUGAACUGUGCUCAUAGAAAAAUAAUUGUAAAUUUAGCAAUUCAUACAAAAAAGUUAAGGGCUAACCGAAGACGGAAAGACACAUUUUCACGCAACAACUCGAAUAACUUUUUUGUAUGAAUCGCUAAAUUUACAAUUAUUUUUCUAUGAGCACAGUUCAAUUUGCUCUACAUUUCGUCAGUUGAUCACAUUUGAUGAAAAAAUUUUCUAAAAAAGAUAAAAAUUAUUCCGCUCAACUCUGGCUGCAAAUGCACAGAACGCCCUCCAUUACUAACAAACAAAGCAACAAUUGUCUUCCGAGGUACGUCGUCUCGUUUCCUGUGUCCAUCAGAGAUAACUACAGGUGUCAUAUGUUAUUCUAACCGAAAUGCCUGUUGUGUGUUGUAAAAGCAGCGAUGAGACAGCUGUGUGUGCGGGACCUAAAAUUAAUGCUAUGUUGACUCUUCUUAUCCCUCCAAAUGACACUAAAACGCAUCAAUUCGAAAGUUUUAUUGGUGCACAAGGAGAGCGCCUAGACGCACACUUAAUAAGUGUGAAAGAAUGUCCUUACGGUGUGUGCGAACUUUUGUGUUUCGAAUGAGAAAAGGGGUCCGCGCGAGCGAGGAGGAGGUCGCGUUGUAAGUGCACUCGAGAAGAAGGUCUUUCGAGGAUGAAUGGUGGUGGGGGGGGGGCAAAAAGGACAAUAUGGACUGCUGCUGGGGGUUCCAAAAAGUACCGUAACCGUGUGUCUCUCCAUAAAUUUCGCGCACUAACCGAUCCCCCCCCCACCGAAAUCUUGAUAAGAGCGACGUGCUUCCAAUGACAACACAACAUGAUUUACUACUGAUUUAUGCCCCCAGCCAUAAGAAGACCACACACACACACACAUGAAAUCGUCACGCAUCACCGAAGAGGAAUUCCGCAAGUGGUGGUGGACGGCAAUUAGUUUUAUGGAGAUGUCUCUGCCGCGAGAUUGAGAUUUAGAUAUAUACAACUCUUACUCGAAAUCCUCCUCGUAGGCAAAGCUUCUUGAGGAGGAGCGGUGAAGACGAAUAAUUAUUAUAAUGAAUUUCGCAAUGUAUAUUAGAUCUUGGCCUCAAAGUUGUGUGAACGUUUGGACACAGGGACGUUUCGCAACCACCAAGUCACUUUGCAACCGAGACAUCUUUUAUUUGUCAUGACAAUUGACGACAAUCUGCCUUUGUUUUUGCAACUUUCAAGCAAAGCAUCGUCUAGUUGCAGAAAGAGUUGAACGGAAGAACACGGAAGAAUUUUUUUUAUCUUUUUUAGAAAAAUUUUUCAUGAAAUGUGAUCAACUGACGAAAUGUAUAGCAAAGUGAACUGUGCUCAUAGAAAAAUAAUUGUAAAUUUAGCGAUGCAUACAAAAAAGUUAAGGGCCAACGGAAGACGAAAAGACAUUUUCACGGAACAACUCGAAUAUAACUUUUUUGUAUGAAUCGCUAAAUUUUCAAUUAUUUUUCUAUGAGCAGAGUUCACUUUGCUAUACAUUUCGCCAGUUGAUCACAUUUCAUGAAAAAAUUUUCUAAAAAAGAUAAAAAUUCUUCCGUGUUGUUGUUCUUCCGUGACUCUUCCGCUCAACUCUGGUUGCGGAAUGUCCUAUCAGUUGCAAAACGUCCAAGCAUAGUCGAAGCAGUUGCAAAGCGUCUUCUCCUCAAAUCGGAGCGCCCAACCCACAGUGACCCCAGGGAGGGGGGGUCAGGUGUGUGUUGUUAGUUUGGCGGCGGCUCAUCCUUUCCGCCACAAAAAACACCAUCAAUCAGUGACACGGGGCGGGCGGGCGGCUCGGCAGCCAGAUGGAUAAUAUAGACAAAAGGAAGAAGUGACUUGGUGAUGAGGGUGGCCGGCGGCCGAAGGUCAAUCAUCUUUUCUAACUUUACUACUAUGUACAACACUUGCCACUAACUUUUUUUUGCCACUACUUUUCUCUUUUGCUGGCGAGCGGGCAGCAGCGGCAGGAAGCACACAUAAUUAUGGGGGGUGUUGCAAAGGGAAAAAGCGAGGCGAUGGCAGUUUUGAAUGGAAAAGAAAAAGGUUCACUCAAGGCUGGUCCCUAGAGGAUCGCCUACAAAACUUUCCUACGGUACUUUUGGCGCCAAACUUCCGGCGCCCAUUCUCAUUCUCAUUGCGAUGAACAUCUGUCGAAUUAUUGUAACCUUUCCGCUCGCCAUUCGAUGCUUAUCUUCACCAAGUCACUCACUCACUCACUCUCUCUCAUCCAUCUUCUUCUAAAUGUCUUCCCCGGUGGCGCCAAGAAGGGUGGCGCCACUCCAGUUUUGAGAGAGAGAGAGAGAGAGAACCGAAUUGAUUGAGUCGCUCGUAAAGAACGAAUUUUGUGUAAAUCUUUAUGAAUCAUGAGGACCGGAACAUAUGGCUCGACGACAAAGAACCGAACAAUAGAGGGAUGGGAAGAGCGUCGUCGCUCACAAAGUUCUCAUUAAUAUUUCAUCAAAAGUUCUCGCACGACUCCUGAGAGAAUCGACACCCGUUCACAAAAUAUUCGUUCACACAAAUCGGCGAGUGGUGGAUGGAUACAUUAGCAUAUUGUACAUUUCAAGGGGGGGGGGGAUCAAAGACGGGCGGCAAUGAUUUGUGGAUGACGUGGCACGACGGUCUGGCCUAAUGAAUUAUUAGCGAGAAGAGGGGGCAUUGCGUCGUCGGUGAUUAGACGGCUCUUUAGCUCUUUUUGGGGUUCUCUUGAGAAUUGAAUGGAAUGCACUGUGGGGGCGGCUCACAUUUUUCGACAUCCUCAGCAGAGUUGAGCGGAAGAACUCAACGGAAGAACACGGAAGAAUUUUUAUCUUUUUUAGAAAAUUUUUUCAUGGAAUGUGAUCAACUGACGAAAUGUAUAGAAAAGUGAAUUCUGUUCAUAGAAAAAUAAUUGUAAAUUUAGCUUUUCAUACAAAAAAGUUAUUCGAGUUGUUCCGUGAAAAAAGGGCAAACGGAAGACGGAAGGACAACAACUCGAAUAUAACUUUUUUGUAUGAAAAGCUAAAUUUACAAUUAUUUUUUUAUGAGCACAGUUCACUUUUCAAUACAUUUCGUCAGUUGAUCACAUUCCAUGAAAAAAUUUUCUAAAAAAGAUAAAAAUUCUUCCGUGUUCUUCCGUUGAGUUCUUCCGCUCAACUCUGAUCCUCAGGCAGUCCUAGUCGAAUUCGUCUCUGAAAGAAUGGACGAACUUUUCCACUCGCACACCCUCGGCCACGUCUAAUUACCGUUCUGGCGCAUCGCGAACCGCCUCAAAAAGAAACACUUAACCUGUAAUUAGCAAUGAAGCAAGCGUACACAAAUAAUUGGCACCGUAUUGUUGCUUUUCUCGUCGUUUUCCGGAACACCCUUUGAAAUACCGCAAAGCUAUACAAUACUUUUCUCUCUUUUUUACUUGAUUUUGGCACCGCCGAUUCGUCGUCACCGAUUAUUUAUGGGGGAGGCGAAAACGACGCCGAUGCAUCAGUGUCUGUGGCAAAAAAGAAGACAUGGUGCCAGAUGGCGACACGGUUUUUAUGGUUGUGUGUGGGCAGGAAUAGAGGAGGGACACAAAAACAUUUGAGACAUCGGCUGCGGCGGUUUGAAAUCGGAGAAGAGUUAAAAGAAGAGAAAAAUGAGGCGGGGGGCGGUCAGGUUACGGUACUUCUUUCGGCACUGCUUCGAAAACUGCGCAUAACCUGAAAUUGAGGCGUUUUUCGAUAAAAUGCUCAACUACAAAGUUGUUCAGCUUGAAAUUUGACACACUUUUUCUGUUGACCACUUUUUCGAAUAGCCAUUAGUUCUCCAGAUACGUGCAUUAUUCUUCUUCCACCCGACUUCCCCAUUCCAUCUCAAUUUCCGUUAAUUCCAAAUCCUACACUUUUCGUUCUCUUCUUCAUAUUCUUGGAAUCCGUAUUAGUGCCGCGUCAUUUGGCACACUGUCUGUCUACUUUUGGACGAACGAACGGACGGAAGACAGCACCCGAAUAAUCCGGAAAGUACACACUGCGCGAAAACAGACUAGGACGCCAAUGUUCACGCCUGAAUUAGUUUUCCCCCCGCCCGAAGACGGUGUAUGUACAUAUUGUCACCAAACCGCUAAGAUUUGGUAGUGGGGGGGGUCUAAAACUUUUAGGCUAAAAGUGAGCAUCGCAAAAGCCUAAUAGCAACAAUAUCUCGUUUUGCAGAGCAAUCAGGAGCUGCGCAAGUCGCUCAAACAUCACAUAAUUCAGAUGUGCAAGGAGGACGCGACGUGUUCGGCUGUGAGUUUUAGUACUGUUUGCGGUUGCGAUUACUAUAAUAGCGAGCGGAACCCGCCGGGGAGGGGGCAACACACAUGUACAUGAGCGAUCGAUGGAUCCAACUAGAAUUCAUGGCCGUUUUUGAUGCACGAGGUUAGCUCUUGACGACACACUCGAGAAACAGAUGAAGUGUACUCGAUACAUUGUGUCAUACAGCACACACACCAACAGCUGCUCCCGGCUCCAUUUUGGGGUGGUACCACCACUACGGGACCCCAAAAAAAGAGAAUGAAAGGGGGGAAUCUCAUCUGGAGAAGAGUCGAGUGAUUGAUGGGCUUCUGGCGCCACCUACCACCACCACCAUAAGGAGAGAGCGUAAACGAGCCGCGACGAAUUGGAAAGACCCAAAUUUCCGGCGGUCCCUCACCCCUCCCCCCAUCUGUCAUGAUCUCGGAUUGAUCAUGAGUCAGCUGUUGGAUUUUUGAGGGGUUUUACAUAGAUGUGCUAGGCACCUAAACGUGUAACUUGUGACAAUUUUUAACAAACGUCGACUAGGCGCCGUGUUGAACCGUAAUGCCGCGUCCAAAAAGUCUCGGAAAACGCGCAAAUCUCGCGGAAAUUUGCGGGAAAUCCGGGGUGCGCACAGCUGAACGAGUGUUACCGUACACCAUAAAAACUACGGUGUUUUUUUGAAAAUUUACCCAAGAAAUUUGAAAAAAAUUUCAAACAUUCUUGAGAAAUUUAAAUUUUUUUUCAAAAAAAUUCCGUUGAAAAAUUUACCCAACAAGAAAUUUGAAAAAUUUUCAAAUAUUCUCGAGAAAUUUAAAUUUUUUUCAAAAAAAUGCCGUUGAAAGUUUGCCCAACAAGAAAUUUGAAAAAUUUUUCAAAUAUUCUCGAGAAAUUUAAAUUUUUUUCAAAAAAAUACCGUUGAAAGUUUGUCCCAACAAGAAAUUUGAAAAAUUUUCAAAUAUUCUCGAGAAAUUUAAAUUUUUUUCAAAAAAAUACCGUUGAAAAAUUUACUCAACAAGAAAUUUGAAAAAAAUUUCAAAUAUUCUCGAGAAAUUUAAAUUUUUUUCAAAAAAAUACCGUAGUUUUAUGGUGUACGGUGACACUCGUUCAGCUGUGCGCACCCCGGAUUUCCCGCAAAUUUCUGCCGUCUUUGGACUGCAAAAUCCGCGAGAUUUGCGGGUUUUCCGAGACUUUGAACGCGGCAUAAGUUAGGCGCUCACGAUCUAUGAUAGAGAUGAUGGCCUAGGAUCCGACACAGGCGAAAGUUCGGUCACCUUGACUUUUAGCUUCUAGCUUCUAAGGUAUCUAUACAAAAAUGCUCCCGUCCAAACUCUUUAAAGUUCAGACCCGUACACGAAUCACAGGGCCCGCGUCAAUUAGCGCGACCAGACGGGCGGCGGCAAGUUCAAGAAUCUCGGACACAUAAAAAUGCUUAACGACACACGGCCAGAUGUGUCAUUUUCUUUGCUCUGCACCCAUAAUUACCGUAAUCGUAGAGCGUCGUUAACAUCAUUUUGUGUGGUGUGGGAGCUUUCCGAGAUUUCGGAACUAUUUGGUAACAUGUGGGGGGGGGGGUAAUACUUUGUCAUAAUUAUACCCUUCAAGUGGCACGCGGGGCCUACUCGACAAAACAUUUAUGCGUUUGAUUCGCGAGACUGAAUCGAAUUAGCUCGAUGAUUAUGAUGGAAUGAGUGGGAGGGCAAAAGUGUCACAACAACAAGAAGCAGAUAUUGUCCAAUUCGAACUGCAUAAUGCUGACAUUUUUCAGUGCUCCGCACCUUGCCGCGAACAAUUCGACGAUAUCAAAGCGUGCAAAAAGUCGUGUGUCUCGUCGGAUGACAGGGAAAUGUGCGAGGAUUCGUGUCACUACGUGCAAACGAUAUAUCAGGAAAAGCCCGGAGCGUGCCCGAGCGUUAGAAAUCAAUCGAACUACGUAGGAGAUUUGAGCGGCUCCGUCACUAUUCACCUCUUUUUUGCAGGAGUGCUCAGCGCUGUGCCAGAUGGACGGCGACUGUGCGGAGACGCAAAAGUGCUGCUCGUCGGGCUGCUCGCGCCAGUGUCUUCGGCCCCGAUCCGCCGACGUCAAACUGCUGCCGAUCCCGCGAAACAUCACGGUGCAGGAGCGGAAGCGGAAGCGAAGUAUCAUAAUUCGAUGGGCGACCGGACGGCUCUCGAGAGCGCAGCAAAACGAGAACGCCAACCUGUUUUUGGUGCAGUGGCGAUGGGGUGUGCACGCCGGCGAGCACGCGAUGACCGAGUGGCAGACGGUGACGGUCCGCAACAAACCCUACGCGAUUCUCAAGCACUUGCUCUCGCCCGGACGCUUCUAUCAGUUCCGAAUCGCCGCCGUUUCGCAGGAGGGAAGUCUCGGCUUCAGCACCGCUUCGCAGCCCUUCAAGAUUUCGAAAGAGGCGAAAGCGCCGCCGCCGCCCAAGGAUAUGUCGUUGGGCGCGUCGAAAUUGAUGUCGAACGGGUUGUGGAAUCAGAUGGUCCAUUGGAACCCGCCGCCCAGCGAUUUGCCCAUCAAGAACUAUCAGGUAAGAGAAUGAAUGUGGUUUGAAGUGAUAUUGUUCAUCCCUAGUACUUUUCUCUUCUACACGGUCUCCUCAGAGCUUACAAUGGGCGUGCAAGUGCGCCCCGCCCAAUAGAGCGAUACAUUGGCGCGAAAUUCAAAUUUUAACAGCAAAUUUUGUGUUUUUUGCCAGAUUAACCACUAAAAAUUGAUAAUUUCUCAUUUUUCUCUCGAUAGGCCGAUAGUAUAGGCUAUUACGAAUUUUUUAAGCGAAAGAGCGUCAAAUUUGGUCAAGUCGCAAAUCACAUUUAUCCGUUUGAAGGUUUUUGGCUAAAACUGCGUGAAUUUCAGUUGCUUUUCGGUAAUUUUCGCGGUUCGAGCGCUCAAAAUGCUUGUAUUCACGUGAUUUAUCAUUCUCAAAACCAAUUCUGUCGGAAAACGGUCAAGAAAGCGCAAAAUGAGAAGGGCGGUUUUUAGGCUGCGAAAUCCACGAAAAUGAGCGCCAAAACGUCAUUAAUUCUGAGAAUUAGUGUGUUUUCAUUUCGCGCAAUCAUUUUUCAUCGCCGUUGACCACAAAAAUCCGAAAAAAAACGUGCUCAAUUCAUGAAAAUGCCAUUUGGCCGCCGAGGCCACGCCCAUAUUGUCGGCUCUGGAGACCGUGUUCUAGUUGACAUUUUCUUGGUACAAGUUGUGGGUAACUUCUAGGAGCUACAGUACUCUUCACAAAAGUCGUCAACUACAAAACUAGAGUAUUUUGGCAAUUGACAACUGUCUUGUAAAAGUACUGCUCAGUAAAGUCUUCUAUUGCAACCCAAAAAAAGGUGUUGAGCAAGCAAAGCCACCUGUUGCGUGGGCGGCAUAUGGUGCAUCGAAUAAAGUAAUCUCGGCGUGUUUGCCGAGAGGCUCACACCUUUUGAAGUGGCCCCGAAUGCCCACUAAUCCCUCAUUCCAAUGCACUUGAGGGUGUGUUCACAUGAGAAUUCAUUGCCAACCCGAAUGGACCGAAUGUUCUUUCAGAUCUCGUGGGCCGCGUCGACAAAGUCCGAAGCCGACGCGUUCGAGGAGCAAAUGCGAAAAAAGAGCACUCUUGAGUUUGCGGCGCACGAGAAACGAAGCCUGUCGGAUGAGGACGAAGAGUGGGGCAUUCAGGAGCGGGACCGGCACUCGCUGGUGGUCCCGAGUCACUCGAGCAACACGGAAAUCACGGGCCUCUUCCCGAACAGUGUGUAUAUUGUGGAAGUGCACGCGUCGGUGGAUUCGAGCGACGGCGAGCUGCACGGCGAGAACGGCAUCGUGUUCAUCAGGACUUCUGGGCCUUCUGGAGUGGCGGCGGCGGCGUCUGACGAACCGUAUACGGGACCGAUUGCUCGAAUUGCUCAUGAAAGUGAGGAGCUGACCCUGGAAGAGGUGACCACUGUCGCGUCGCCAACCAAAAAACGAGUGCAACCAACUGCUGCGGCCUCCUCCGUCGCUCACUUGGAAAUCCAGAAGCCGUUCUUCGACGCCGAGCUCCAGACCAAUCUAAACUGGCUGAAUAGCGUCCAUUGUACGCCCGGCAAGCGACAAUUCUCGGUGAAAGUGCGGAAAACGUUGUGCCGAGAGUACCAGCCGAACCAUCAUUCGGACACGAGAUGGCACGAUCUGCGCGUCUCCGACUGCUCGGCGCUGCUCAAAGGACUCAGUUUCGAUUGCGACUACAAAGUGGAAGUGACGGACACGCUGACCGGGGAGCCCGUCGUCGACGGUGUCUUCUCCACAGACACUUGCGAACAGACGAACGCGUUGAGUCCGAUCGAGUGCUCGAGUCUGACGACUCCGAUCCAGUGCCAGGUGACUUCCGAAUCGUCGGCGCACUGCCAUUGGACACGUCAUCACGACGCGACGCAGACAGUCAUUGGAUACCGUAUUCUGUUGAGCUCUCCGAUCAAUCAGGACACUAACACCACCAUCAAUCAGCCGCAGCUUCGGGAAGUUCGCUACGAAAGUCUGCAGCCGGGAUAUGUUUAUACUGUUGAGGUUUGUGUGAUUUACUAAGGAAUGGCCCCCGGCUUUUGGAAUGAGACCUAUAUGAUUUGAAAGAGAAUUUCACGGAGCUCUCAAUUAUUGCUAAAGAGCACUGGCUGGCGAGAAAAUCUGCCUGUUUCUGCCACAUUUUACUAGCAAGUUCAUCUUCGGCGACGUGUAUCUCAAGAACCACGCGUCCGUUGCAAAAGUUGUCAACUAGUAAGUUAACGCAAAUUAUCUCGUGAAUAACUUUGUAGUUGAUCGUCUAUUUUUAAAAAAAUUAGUUUUCGAGUUAUGAACUGUUUUCCUAUCGUCGCUCCGACCCCCCAGCACUAACUUUUUUCUUGUCGCUCUUGGAAAACAGUUCAUAACUCGAAAACUAAUUUUUUUUAAAAUAGACGAUCAACUACAAAGUUAUUCACGAGAUAAUUUGCGUUAACUUACUAGUUGACCACUUUUGCAACGGACGCGUGGUUCUUGAGAUACAGGGGUCGCCGAAGAUGAACUUGCUAGGAAAUGUGACAGAAACGGGCAGAUUUUCUCGCCAGCCAGUGAGUGCUCUUUAGCAAAAAUGGAGAGCAGAUUCGGAUUCUCCGUGAAAUUCUCUUUCGAAUCAUAUCGGUCCCAUUCCAAAAGCAUUCCAAAAAAGUGUUCAACUACAAAAAUAAAGUUCACAAAUUGAACUUCAAUUUUGUAGUCGAUCACUUUUCUGUGCAAUAAUUCCCAAGACUACUGUAGCUGUUGGAAGCCUACACACCCAAAUUCCCCGUAUUUUCAGGUGCAAAGCAUCACGAACAAAGGUCUGGGACGGACGGUGAGCACUCAAUUCGUGACGCAUUCCGAUUUGGAUCAAAACGCGAUUCAACGCUUUCCGGGCGGCGAAAUCAUCGAAUUGCCGCUGGAAUCGUCGUCCCCAACGCGCCCACUUCUUCUCUCUCUUUCCCUUCUUUUCCUUUUGCUCUGGAGGUUAUUGUAG